AUGGCAACAUCAACUCCUUUCCAGUUCCCAUCAACCUACAACUUUCCCCCCUUCUUCACCCCGCAGCCAAAUACAAAUACCCGUCAGGCUCAACUCCAGAAAUGGUCCUCCUUGAUUCAAGCUUGGUGUCGACACCACAAACAAUAUCGCUUAUCGCUGGUCGAAGCAGUCGAUAGUCCACUCUUCCAUAAUACCGCGCUGCGUAAGCGUCUAGAUCUCCGCGAAGCACGAGACGUGGUAGAUUGGAUGGUUAAGAGUGAGGAGGAAGGUGGUGGUGGACGACGAGCAGAGUGGAUAGAUUCUUCUUCUAGCUCUGGGAACCAAGGUCCCAAGUCUGUGGCAUGGAUUUGGUGGCGCAGACCGGAGGAGUGGGCGGAUGUCAUAGUAGACUGGGUGGAGGGAACUGGACAGAAGGGUGCUGUGUUAACAGUUUAUGAGUUGGUACAAGGGGAGGGAACCGUUUCUCAAGAAUUCCAUGGCAUGGAUAACGACAUAAUGCUAAAAGCACUGGGCGUUCUGGCUAAGCGUGGCAAGGCACAAGUAUUUGGAAGCGAGGGACAGGAAGGUGUCAAGUUCUACUAA